AUGUCUGCCACCAGCCCCAAGCCGCCCAUCCCCAAUCUCCGAGACCUCGCCGGCGGCUCCCUCUCCAUUGUCCGCCCCAACCUCAUCCUCCGCUCGGCCGCCCCUCCCACCGUGGCCAGCGCCGAUCUCGAGGCCCUCAACAUCAGCACCGUCUUCGACCUGCGCUCGACCCUCGAGGCCGCCCGGCCCAACUCGUCCGGCGACGUCGGCAACCCAGAGUCGCCCGAGCAGUGGCCCGGCGGUCCUCGCCGCGUGCACGCCCCCGUCUUCGAGGGCGUCGACUACGGGCCCGAGGCCGUGGCCAUCCGCUUCCGCAAGUAUGCAGACUCGCACCCGACCGAGGGCUUCGUCACGGCGUACAGAGACAUUGCCGUGGCGGGCGCGCCGGCGUUUGCCACGGUGCUCAACCACAUUGCCUCGGACGGCUUCGACCCCGCGGCCCAGAAGCCCAUCCUGGUGCACUGCACGGCCGGCAAGGACCGCACGGGCGUCUUGUGCGCCCUGAUCCUGAGCCUGUGCGACGUUCCGGACGAGGUUGUGGCGGAGGAGUACGGCCUCACGACGCAGGGCAUGGCGGCGGCCAAGCCGGGCUUGAUCAAGUAUCUGGUUGCGACGCCGGCGUUUGCGGGAGACGAGGAGGCCGCCGAGAGGUUGCUGAGCUCAAAACCCGAAUCCAUGUUGGCUACACUCGCCAUGAUCCGCAAGGAAUGGGGCUCCGCCGAGGGCUUCUUCCUCAAAGAGAGCAAGAUCUCGCCAGAGACGAUAACCCGCGUUCGACAAAAGCUUCUUGUCAGCAACUAGAGUCUAGACAUGUCAGAUUUCCCAGCAUGCAUUAUAGAAACGGUCUUUUUGUGCAUGUGUUUGUGUGUUUGAGUAUGUGAAUGAUGCAAUGAGAGGUAUUUGUUCGAUGAUCAACGGGCAGGGUUUGCGUGUUGCAAGAUAUAUAUAUAUAUAUACAUCAGCUAGUUGUACAUGACUUCUUUUGGCGGGUUUGUAUAUGCAUGAAAUGUAUAGGUAUGUAGUAAUACAGCUUUG